AGGGGUAAAGUCUUCCCUCUCAACGUGCCAUUAAUCAUUGAUGUUCCAUGAGCACGACGGUCCCAUGAGAGAACAGGAAGAAGCACUCUCGUAACGACGUCGUUUUGGAGUCAAACGCAGUGAGCUCUGCAGAUGCAAUCAUGCAAGAUCCAUCAAACCCUAACCCUAUCUCUCACUCCCAUAAUGCUCACCAGCCUCCCUCGACGUCGUUUCCAAACACGGCCACCUCCCUCCGGGGAGGUCACCACCGGCGGGCACACUCCGAGGUCAAUUUCCGGAUCCCGGAAGACCUACAUCUCGUCUCCGAUCCCUUCGACGUUCCGUCGGCGAGCUUUGAGGAAAUGGGAUCCGAGGACGAUCUCUUCUGCACAUACAUUGACAUCGACAAGUUCGGAUCCAGGCCCGAAGGGGACGCCCGGAUCGACAAUGCCGGCGGUGGUUUGGCUGCGGAGAGCGGCGACGGAGAGAAGAGCUCUAGGCCUCGGCACCGGCACAGCAAUUCGGUGGACGGCUCGUCAAUGUCGAGAGGGGAGAGUCUGUUUGUGGACACUAUAGAGGCCAAGAAGGCAAUGGCUCCAGAUAAGCUCGCUGAGCUUUGGACGCUCGAUCCGAAGCGAGCCAAGAGGAUUCUGGCAAAUCGGCAAUCUGCUGCUCGCUCAAAAGAGAGGAAGGCUCGGUACAUAUUAGAGCUUGAAAGAAAAGUCCAGACCCUUCAAACAGAAGCAACCACUCUUUCUGCACAACUCACGCUUUUCCAGAGAGACACAACUGGCCUGACUACUGAAAACACAGAGCUUAAGCUUAGGUUACAAGCUAUGGAACAACAAGCUCAACUACGCGAUGCUCUGAAUGAAGCACUAAAGAAGGAAGUAGAGAGGCUUAAGAUUGCUACUGGAGAAAUAAUGACCUCCUCAGAUGCAUACAAUUUGGGAAUGCACCAUGUUCCAUAUACUCAAUCUUCUUUCUUCUCACACCAGUCACAACCAGGACCAAGUGAGUCCCAAAAUAUACAAAUGCCACAGUUCCAUCCAUUCCCAUCUAACAUGUUGACCCACCACCAGCCUCUGCUUGGAGUAGCCCACUCAAAUGCCCUCUCAGAUAUGUUGCAGCAGGAUCCUCUUGGACGAUUGCAGGGGCUUGAUAUCAGUAGCAGGGGCCCUAGUCUUGUGAAGUCUGAAGGUCCAUCCAUUUCUGCCAGUGAAAGCAGCAGCACAUUUUAAUCUAAACUUUGCUGAUCUAGUCAUGGCAACCUUAUUUGUUGGAUUGUUCAUAGACUGACACCUUAUCAACAAUGAAAGGUACUAUUCUUUUCAAUUUAAUUCUUUUAAUUGGAUUGGGAUACUGGGUCUUCAGUAGCUUUCAUCAGGUUUUGUUGUAAUAUUCAUGAGUUUUCUUUGUUCAAUUUGGAAUUCUUUUCCUGUAUGGGGGUCAUAUGGGGAUAUUUGUUCUUGAAGAGGUGGAUGCAUCUUUUCAUGCCAAGCACCCCAUUUGUAUCUUGUCCAUCUGUCAAUGUUCAAACUUGAUUUCUUGUCAAGAAAAGCACUCAUUUUCUUCAAUUAUUCAAAUGCAUGAACUGAGGUUGUACUGGGUUCAUCUCUUUUUCA